AGGAGCAGAAGUGCAGCAGCGGAGCAGCGAACGGCGGGCGCCCGGGCGGCACGCACCCCCUCCUCCCCUCCCUCUGACAGCAGCCUGGCCUGGGCAUCGGCUGCCCGGGGAUGCGCUGACCUCGCUCGAGCCUUGGCAGGAGCAAGCACAUGGAGAGACCGCAGCCUUUCUGGGUGAACAGCAGCUGCGCCAACGGUUCUUUGUUGACCCUGACUUGCCUGUCUUGGCAGGCAGUCUGUCAGGUCAUUGGGAAUGUCAGCUCAACAAUCUCACCUCAUGAAAAUCAUACCUUGGAUUCUGACUGGAUGGUGCAGGUAGAAAACAAAUAUGGUUUCUACAUUGGCUUGGCCCUGGCCAUAUUCUCCAGCUUUCUCAUUGGCAGCAGUGUUAUCCUCAAGAAGAAAGGACUGCUACGGUUAGUGGAGAAAGGAGGCACCAGAGCAGGGGAUGGAGGUCAUGGAUACCUAAAGGACUGGCUGUGGUGGGCUGGUUUGGUCACCAUGGGUGGAGGAGAAGCUGCCAACUUUGCUGCAUACGCCUUUGCACCUGCAACCAUUGUUACUCCUCUCGGAGCACUGAGUGUGCUUAUAAGUUCCAUUUUGUCUUCAUAUCUGCUUGGAGAGCGGCUCAAUCUGCUGGGGAAACUAGGUUGCAUGCUGAGCAUUGUGGGCAGUACAGUACUUGUGAUUCAUGCUCCUGAGGAAGAGGAAGUUACCACUUUGAAUGAGAUGUUCUCUAAACUGAAAGAGCCGGGUUUCCUUGUUUAUGCUGGCAUUCUCUUGGUGAUCUGCCUAAUUCUGAUUUUCUUUGUGGCACCCCGUUAUGGCCAAACCAAUAUUCUGAUCUACCUCACCAUCUGUUCUGUGAUUGGAGCAUUCUCAGUAUCGUCAGUCAAAGGGCUGGGUAUUGCCAUCAAGGGGUUUUUUGCUCACCGUCCUGUUUUGCAAAAUCCAUUGACCUGGAUCCUCAUCAUCACAUUGGUAGCCUCUAUCACUACCCAAAUCAACUACCUCAAUAAGGCUCUGGACAUUUUCAACACCUCCAUGGUUUUCCCCAUCUACUAUGUGCUAUUUACCACCAUAGUCAUCACCACUUCAGUUAUUCUCUUUAAAGAAUGGGUCAUGAUGUCUGUACUGGACAUUAUUGGGACAAUAUGUGGAUUCCUCACCAUUAUUUUAGGAGUGUUUUUACUUCAUGCCUUCAAAGAUGUGGAUCUCAGUUUAAGGACCCUACCACAAAUACUUCAGAAUACUGACCAGACCCCGGUAAUCAAGGAUGACAAGAAUAUCCUGAUAGAACUUGAUAAUUCUGGCACCACAGUUGACAGCAAACCCAAAGUAUUCAUGAUAUAUAGCUGAAACCCAAAAUAACAAAUUCUGUAGCUUCAGAGACUUGGACCAGACUGUAUGUGGCUAAGCCUGAACAUUCAAGUUUGCAUUAAAUGAAGCUUGACCAUAUAUAUCUUAUGAAAAAUACAUCUUCUUUGAACACGAUGAAUAAGCUCCUCCACCAAUCUUUUUUUGCUUAGUGAUCCCUUUGGUCUUUUAGAUUUUGGCAUUCCACUGCACAUUCUUCUCUCUGUAUAGAAUUGUAAUGGAUGACAUUAUUAUGCCUUGUUUCAAGCCAACAGGAAGAUCUUCACUGGUAAUUUGAAGAAAUCCGGUUUCUUGCCCAAUGGCUGAAGUUGCUGCUAUACUCCUGUACAAGACAUCUAAAAAAUAUGCAGCUCAGUGUCACCUCAAGUGUGUAACAGCAGAAUAGUCAGAAGAAAUUUCCUCUGACAUUAUCUUUAGUGUGCCUAAGAGCAUGAAGAAAAAAUGUUUUGCACGCAACCUCUGGACUCUAUUAGACCAAAGAGAGUAUUGCAUUUUGAAGUUUCUGAUGCCUCAAAAACACUGAAAGUGUUACAGAAAAUAUAUGGUGGUACUUAUUCUGAAAAGCUAUGUCAGAGAGAUACUGUGCUAAAAUUGACAUAGAAGCUUUAUGUUAUUUCCUGGAAGUUCUUGAUAUGAGGAAGAAUUCACUUGUGUGACCCUCUGUUCUCUGUAGUGGUACAAUCCCAAUGGGACUAGACCAUAAGUAUGCUUCUUUGUAGAUUUUACAAGAUAGUAUCUUGUAUGUAUCCCGUUUACAUCCACAUCAAGUCCCUUUGGGUUUCCACCACUCUAAAUAGUAUUUGCUAAAAUUGCUGGUCUUAGCACAUUAAUGAUGUCAUUCAGUACUGCUGAUUCAUAAUGCAGCCUCAGUUUUUCAGUACCCAGGAAUAGUAGGUUAAUUUUGAUAGUGUUUUGAUUUCUUGGCCCACAAUGUCUAUGCAAUAACAACCUGGGGGAAAAUAUGCAAAAUCAGAAGAUAUCCUAUAUCCACAAGUACACUUUUGAUAAGACAAAAUAUUCUUUGUAGUUCUAUUAAGUUGGCAAAUAGAUUUUAUGCCUGACAAAUUGGCAUGAUGGUUUUACAGCUCUGCUCAAGGAUGAACAUAAACAUCUGUUUACCAUGUGGCAGGUUACUGCAAGGCAUAGAGAUGCAUGGCAGUGUCCUGCAGUGUAGAAUUUUGCCAUGUUCUCACUUUUCUAAUUAACAACAGACAACAUGGUAAAAUUCUUCUUAUGGUAUAUUCAGAUGCUAAAGCCCAAUGUUUCCCUUGUCUCGUGGUUGAAUGCCUACUGCUGGAAGAUACUGCUUGGGCAUCAUACAUCUGGUGCCCAAGUGGCAUCUUUCCCAUGAUGUUUACCCCUUGACAUCUUAUCAGCAGACAACAUUUGAGGAUAUCUUUUAAAAUCAGAACAUGCACUCCUCCUAUGUUACCUCGAGGCAAUGAAAUGACGAAUGGUGCUGCUGCAUCUCAUACACUGUCAAAGUAGUGCAAAAACUGCUGUUUGUAGGUCACGUGCCUCAACUGUAUACAAAGAAAACAAUGGUGCCCCUCAGUUUUGUUUGGAAAACUAUGCUCUGCUUCAUUUAAAUGGAGUAGCUCAAUAUGCAAGAGAAGGGAGGGUGGGAUAUAAAUUGAAUAAAACAAACAAACAAAAACGGAGCCUGUUCUCAGUAAGGUUUGUAACUUGGAACCGUGUGUAUUUAUUUUCAGGUGCCUUCUGUAAGAAGAAGAGUGAGUACAAGGGAAGAAUUAUGCUCCCUAAUGUUAAAGAACUGUGUUUUCUCUCUGUGUUUGUGACAUCCCGGAUAUGACCAUAAUGAUGUAAGCUGGGAUUAAGGCUGUUCAAACUUCUGGUGUUUAGAGUGUGAUGACAAGCGAAUGAGAUAGGCCUCCCAGGAAUGCUUAUCAUCUUUCCUUGGUCAAUGAAAGUGUUUUCUUAGCCUAGAUGACCAAGAUGUUAUAAAAAUAGUAUGUAAUUUAAUUGAUUGUGGGAAUCCACCUAAGGUCUACAAAGCUGAUUUACAAGCAAGACUUUUAAAAAUCAUGAGACUGUUGAGCCAUGUAUGAGAUUUUUUUCCUUUGAUUGUGAUUUCUAGAUUAGCAUUUUUCAGACAACAACAUGGAGAUAUUUUUUUGUAAGUUUCUGUUUCUUAAACCCAAAGUUACCAAAGUUGGUAGACAGAACAUUCACAAAACUAGCUGACACCCUGAACUUCUGGAGCAACAGCAAACUAAAUUGUUUGAGUGCAGGCUCCCAGUUAACAGAGGAGACUGUUCAUGUUCCUGUGACACCAGCAGUUAAUCCACAGCCCCAAGGUGCUAUUGUGGUAGCAGAGAACGGCAUGGGGGCUUUUGAAAAUAACUGUGCUUCCAUCUAGUUCAACUUGUCAGAAAGCUGCAUUGGAAAAGAACUGCAUUAAAAGGAGAUGGGAUAGUGUUUUGUGAUGUAACUGCUCUUCUGCCUUCCACAUAAUGCUGAUUUUUCUGUUGCUGUGCAAGCAGAAGCCCUGCCAAGUGCUGUCCGUCUUCUCAGAUUAUGAUACCCCCCCUCGUCCUUUUAGACGAUCCUUUUUAAAAAAUCCAUAAAGCAACCUUUGGCACAUGCAGGUGACCCUGGCUGUUACAGUGUUUAUGCCAAAUUAUUCCCGCUCUUUGUCCCAGUUUCUCUGUGUGUAACCCUCUACUUGGCACUUAUCACCAUUUCCAGUGGAAAAGGUAAUUCUAAUGUCCGAUAACUUUGAAAUUUAUAAUAUGUAUAUUUGAAAUUAGUCACGCUGAUGCAUUUCUAGAUACUACUGAGACCUUUGGAAGUCCUAUAUUAAAAUGAUACUGGAAGCCUACUUAGGGAUGCUUAGACCUGAUGACCCAAUUGAGCAAGCCAUUUUCUGAGGUCUUACUACUGGCAUGUGGGACUAAUUCAUUGAUUUAGAUCACUGAUACACUGUAUUUGAGCUCCCACAGCUGCCUACAGAAUUCUGGUUCUCAUUCUCUGCUCUGCUUCAGGUUGUAAGUAUGAAGGUAUAUUUUUGUCAAGGUGAGGUUAGACCUUUAUGAAAAAUUAAAAUAUAUGCACAUUCUGUACGAUUAUCAUAGCAGUUAGGAACUUUAGAAUGCAUGCCAUCUUCAUUGGGUUGGAUAAAGGAGAGGGGGGGCCUUAAUUGUGGACCAACUAUUAUUAGAGAACAUGUAAGUUCCCAGCUCACUGGAGAGAGCAUCUUCUAAAACACUGCAGUCAAAAGUGCAGUUUGUUGUGCAAAAGAAAAAAAAAGGGGGGGGGGAGCCUGAAGCUACAAGAUCAAGGCAAUGUGGCUACAUUGCCCACAAAAUCUUUUAAAAUUCUUGGGGUCUUUGUUGCUUAUGAAUGUGUUUGACAAUUAAAUAAGAUCAUUGUAGCUUUGUAAAUAGUUUUGAUGUACAACUGGGAUUUGUCCUCAAGUCUGAUCAUAUGACAUUUCAACACUGUUUAUUUGUACUUGGAGAGA